GAUCCCAAAGCUGAUUGAAACCCACAAUAUCGCAGGAAUCCCGAGUGAAGACAAAAGAAGAGAGAGAGAGAGAGAGAGAUCUAGAGAGAGAUUAUGAGCAUGGCCAUUCAUUCGAUCCAGUUCGGCGCGACGGCCAGCCGGCCAGGCCGAGUUUGCCAGCACACCCAAUCCGUUUCAACCUCACUCUUCACCGUUUCUCUUUAAAAUUGGCUCUUCCUUGGAAGACUCAGUCAUAUAAUAUAUUCUUCUCUCUGUUAUUUCAUCGAUAUCAUCUUCCUUGAAUUUUCAUGGCGAAACUAUCACAACCGAAGAAUAAUGCUGUCAUCAGCAACAACAACCUCAGCGUCACUAACACUACGGUGCCCACCAAGGUUAAACGCACAAGGAGAAGUGUCCCCAGAGACUCUCCUCCUCAACGUAGCUCUAUAUACCGAGGAGUCACUAGGCACCGGUGGACUGGCCGGUAUGAAGCUCACUUGUGGGACAAGAAUUGUUGGAACGAGUCACAGAACAAAAAAGGGAGACAAGUAUAUCUGGGUGCUUAUGACGAUGAAGAAGCAGCAGCACAUGCCUAUGAUCUAGCAGCAUUGAAGUACUGGGGUCAAGAUACAAUUCUUAACUUUCCGUGGUCGACAUACCUGAACGAACUGAAGGAAAUGGAGGGUCAAUCGAGGGAAGAGUAUAUUGGAUCAUUGAGGAGGAAAAGCAGUGGUUUUUCCCGGGGAGUUUCUAAAUACAGAGGGGUUGCCAGACAUCAUCAUAAUGGAAGAUGGGAAGCUCGGAUUGGCAGAGUUUUUGGCAAUAAAUAUCUCUAUCUUGGAACUUAUGCGACUCAAGAAGAAGCUGCCACGGCUUAUGAUAUGGCGGCUAUAGAAUACCGUGGACUUAACGCCGUCACCAACUUCGAUCUCAGCCGUUAUAUAAAGUGGCUUAAGCCUAAUUCCAUCGGCACCAAUAUUAUUAAUCCUAGUCAUAAGUCUAACUCUGACCCUAACGGUAAUGUCAUUACCACCUUAACGACAUCAAACCCUACCCAAGAGCAUAGGUUCAGCUUCUUCCAUCACAACCGCCAGCUUCAGGAACCGCCAGCUAUUUAUAACGGCGAACAAGAAGCCGAGCUGACUCAUCGCCGACUGUCUCCGACAACCACUGCCACGUCAGCCUUAAGGCUUCUGCUUCAGUCGUCCAAGUUCAAGGAAAUGAUGGAGAUGACAUCCUCCGAGGAUUUGUCGGUUCCUCCAGCUGCGAAGGUGCCGCUGCAAUGCAGGUUUCCGGAUGAUAUUCAGACGUACUUUGAGUGCGAGGACUUCAACAGUAAUGGGGAAGGGGAUGAUCAUAUCAUGUUCAGCGAGCUCAACUCCUACGUGCCUCCUCUGUUGUAUGGUGACUUUGAAACCUGAAAGAAACAAAGGAAAGAGAACUCUGAUCUGGCUGUUUGCUAUCACCAUCAUCAUUAUUAUUUGGAUUGGUUUACGUAGAAAUUAUUUUUCUAGCUGUGAAUAUGGAUGAUUGAUUUGCUGAUGACAACAUUAUUGGUGCUAUUGAAGAAGACGACCUGGAAACUGAUGCCUAUGUUAUUUGUGAGGAAGACGACCACAACAACGAUGAGGGGCAAGGCAAGUUAAUUACUUGGUUUAUUUUUUUUUUUUUAGUUAUGAAAAGAAAAUAAAGAAUGUCCAAAUGAGACUCCAAAAAAAAAAAAAAAAAAAAAAAAAAGAAAAUAGCAAAUAAUUUUUAGGUCUUUCAAAUUUCAUUCCAAUAAUAUUGUACUCUUUUCUAUAUUUAUCUGCUAAUCACCAAAUAACUUUUGAUCUUUUAUCAAUAUAAUGACUCAAUUAUAAUAA